AUGUUCGUUCGGCUUAUACCGCCACGCCUACAGUGCCGCCGGCGUGCGACUGUCCGCGCGGUACUCGGAUGCGCAAUUGCCUUGGCCAUCUGCGUUGGUAGAGUGGCUGCGACUGCUGAUGAGAAUGACCCAGAUACCCCAUCGCUGGCCUCCAGAAGUCAUGGCCACUUCCUCUUCGGCGAAGCUAGUCCGGAAUUCAGUUUUCCACUCGCAGAAUACAACGGUUUGGAGUUUGAAGAUGUGGUAGACGAGGAGGGGGAUGCGCGCGGACUCGACUUGGUUCGCCGGGCUCCCACUGGAGUGACAUCCCUCGGAAACAACCAGUAUCAGAAUGGCACUCUAAAGAUGGGCGAGACGGAAUGGUGGUAUUUCCCCGUGAAUGGCGACGAGACCAACAGCACCUCUGAGAACAAGAAGAGUCGUGAUCUUUCCAAGCGUUCGACCACCGUUUAUCUGUCCCUCACGGCAUGCUCCAAGCCCAGCCACAACAACACGGAUUCCACCAGCACAGCAGCCGUACCGCAGCUGACAGUCUACGCAUCUGAAUUGAUAGAGAAGCCCGGGCCUGACAAGUCCGAGUCCGACCAAACAAUAAAAUCAGCGGAGGAGGGCUAUGUGGGCAUGACCCUUACGGCAAAUGGCGAUGUCUAUGUCGGAGUGACGGCUCCAAAUAGCACUGAAUACUCUGGUUCUUUCACCUACCAGAUUGCGGCCUCGACCGAUGCUUAUUUUCAUAGUGUCGACGAGAGUGAUCAGUUCAUGUUCUUAGUUGAUUCGGACACUGGGGCAGCGCUUCUGACAACUAGGAAUCUCACCAACUCCGAUCUUACGUCGCAGAACUACAGUUCCUGGAUGGACAUGACACCUCCAUACACAAUGUUCGCCAACAAUAUCAACAGUACGUCCAUAUCGGGCUUGGAACGGUCAUUCUGCGCUCUCGAUUCGCUGGCGCAGAUCGGGAAAAGCGAGGUUGCGACAAGCAUAACUACCCGGGGUGCAGUAGACAGGCCAACUGAGCAGCUCUAUGUCACCGGUCUUAAUAAGUCAUCUACCUACUACGGAAUCAUGGCUCGUGAGGGUAAUUCCACCGAAUGGGGCAAUGGAAUCGUAGGAGGUGGAGGAAAAGUAUGGCCACGCAUGAAUUUCACAACCAAAACAGAUGACAACUGUGCCGUUGUAUACGACCUGCCAUUCUGCUCCGAAGUCGCCUACGCAGUGCCAUCCAACCCCUCCAUCAACAUGACAGAGCUGCGCAAGAUCUACGACGACAAUGCAGCAUCUUUCUAUCAGAACUUCAGCUACUCCCUCCAACAAGUUCAAUGCAACACCUCCAGCGAGAGCAUGUUCUCUCUCGCCGUAUCCUGCGACACCUGCGCCGACGCAUACAAGCAGUGGCUCUGCGCCGUGACAAUCCCCCGAUGCGCAGACUUCUCCAGCAACGCCACCUUCCUUCAAAUCCGUAAUGCAGGCCAGCCCUUCCUCAACGGCACCUCAAUCACCAACUCCUCCCUCCUGAAAAGUCCCGCUACGAACAACUCUCGCAACCCCUUAAUCGACAGCUUGAUCCGCCCCGGUCCGUACAAGGAAGUUCUCCCCUGCCAGGGCGUCUGCCACAGCCUUGUCCGAAAUUGCCCUUCUAUUUUAGGCUUCAGCUGUCCAGAAGGCCCGCGGGCGAAUGUCUCGUACGGCAUGCGCGACCCUAAUGGUGACAUCACGUGCAGUUAUCUAGGAGCAGCGUAUUACCUUAAUGCUGUUUCCAGUUUGCAUGAGAGCAUAUGGAUCUCCCUGUAUAUGGUGAUAGGUGUUUGGACUUCGUUCUGGAUUCUUGGGUAG